CGGCCGGCGGGACUCACAUCGCUGCCCAGGGUUUCCUCUUGGACCGAUCCAGAUGGAUAUCUCCGUUCACCAUCCUUUCUUCCGCAGACCCCUUUUGUCCAGCCUCUCGCCCAGCCGCCUCUUCAACCAGGCUUUCGGAGACCACAUUGGGGAAUCGGAGCUGUUCCCCGGCACCUCGGCGCUCAGCCCUUUGCUCCUGAGACCUUCCCUCCUAAGGCUGCCCAGCUGGGUAGAGAACAGAUUCUCGGAGAUGCGACUGGAUAAGGACAAAUUCUCUGUAAACGUUGACGUGAAGCAUUUCUCUCCUGAGGAGCUAAAAGUCAAGGUCCUGGGAGAGAUGAUCGAAAUCCACGGAAAACACGAGGAACGACAGGAUGAACAAGGCUUCGUAGCCAGAGAGUUCAACAGGAAAUACAAGAUCCCAGCUGACGUGGAUCCCCUCGCCGUCACUUCCUCCCUCUCUUCUGAUGGCGUCCUGACGGUGAACGGACCAAGAAAACCAAUGGAAAUCCCCGAGCGCACCAUCCCCAUCACCCGGGAGGAAAAAGCUGCCCUAGCAGGCGGACAAAGGAAGUAAACAGCUCUUUGGGGCCCACCGCUCUUUUAUACCCAAGAAAGCCUUUCUGUCUGUGCGCAGCGAGCAAUCCCAGCUUGUUUAUUUGUGCGGAGAUAUGCAGAUGAGCUUGUUUACUGACAAAUAAACCAAUGUAU